AUGACACAAAAGAAAAUGUCUAAACAUUUGCGUACCUAUGAAGACUUCAUGAAAAUACCGGUGUUUUUCUAUAAGACCAUCGGAGAAGAAAUUUUCGAUUAUCGUUCUACUAACCGCUGCUUGAGUCUCUUAUUAAAGUGCUUACUUUAUGCGGGUUUUGCGAAUUUCAAUAUUUUCGUAUUGGGCGAAAUAAUAUUUUUCUAUAAGGCCGUUCAAUCCAAGGACACAGUUUUGGGUGCUAUAGCGGUGGCACCCUGCAUAGGUUUCUCUUUGGUGGCCGAUUUUAAACAAUUAGCUCUAGUGCGUAAUAAGAAAAUCGUUCAGAAACAUUUCGAUCAAAUGGAAAAUAUAUUUCCGAAUACCAUUGAAAAACAGGAACGAAAUCGUUUACAACAUUAUGAACGCAUUAUGCAUCGUGUCAUGAUUGUAUUCUCCAUAUUGUGUCUGGCCUAUACCUCCACGUUCAGUUUGUAUCCCGUAUGUAAAUCUUUCGUUGAGUAUUACUUUUUAGGGGCCGAGAAAUUUGAGCGCAGAUUUGGCUUUUUAAUUUGGUAUCCAUAUGAUCCGACUGCUAAAACUUGGGUCUAUUGGUUAACUUAUUUGCUUGAGGUUCAUGGAGCCUAUUUAGCUGGUGUGGCAUUUUUAUCGGCCGACUUAUUACUGGUUUCAUCGGUGACUCAACUAAAUAUGCAUUUUGAUUACUUAUCAAUGGAAUUGGCCCAGUAUGAACCAGAUGCUAAGCAUGAGGAAAAGGAUUUAGAGUUCUUGAAUCGUAUUAUAAAGCAGCAUGUAAACUGUAUGGAGUGA